CUGCACGAAUAGCGUUUCGUUAGCCAAUCAGCGAGGGGCAAAAGGGCCAACCAAUAGCAUCUUGGACUCGGUCAUUUUUAGCCAAUCAGCGUCCCCGCCGAAGCGGUUUGAAAAUGUUUCAGGAAGCGAAUGUGGCCGGACUGUUAAAGGGUUUUAUGGGCACGUAAACAAACUUAGCUUAGCAAGAGACGAGCGAUUAGCGAAGCGACGGAGGACGAUGGAUAAAACUGUACUUUUAAGCGCGAACAUGAUUUAACUUAAGCGAGACCGUUUUCGAAAACUGGUAGCUAACAGGUCUAGAUAUAUUUUGUCGCUGUUGUAUUAGCUUGCAAAAUAGCUAGCUACUUAGCGUUAGCUAUAGCUUGGAUUUGAACAAAGGCUGGUGUUGACUGACUGCCUUGUUUGUCUUGUUAUAUUGUAGCGUUCAUCUGUUUUGUAGGCCAUUUAUUAGUCUCAGAUUUGUGGUGUGUAGAGCUCUGAUUGUCAAAUAGUUAGUUAGCAACCAGUGGAGGUUAGAAUUAAGCUUAGAACGGUUGCUACGUAGCCAACUGGCUAAUAUCCUGUUUAAAUACCUUGCAAAUUAGAGGCAGUUCAAGCCACAUCUGCAUUUCUUUCUUGAGAUCUUCAGUAGUUACACUUGUAUAGUAGGCUUUCGCUGGGUGUAGUGAUUAACUGGAAUAAGUAGACAACAGUUUAUUUGUAGUUUUAAGUAACCUAACGGUGCGUCGAGACAGUAAAUUGUACAAAAAAGAGUACACAUUGAGAAAAAGCUGCAUAAUGUCUACUUCCAAUUUUAAGAAUAAAUGCGUUACUCAGGUGAACUGCAUAUACUGCGAUAGUCUCCUCUGUACGAGAGGUAUGAAAGCUGUGCUUUUAGCUGAUACAGAAAUCGAGCUGUUCUCAACUGACAUGCCCCCAAACAGGACUGUUGACUUUGUUGCAGGCUGCUAUUCCACAGAAAGCUGCAAAUGCAAGUUAAGAGACAUUGCCUGCCUAAAAUGUGGAAAUGUUGUGGGGUAUCACGUGGUGGCCCCAUGUAAGCCCUGCCUCCUCUCCUGUAACAAUGGGCAUUUCUGGAUGUUCAACAGUGAAGCUGUGUCAACCAUCAACCGACUGGAUGCAUCAGGACUGAAUCUACUACUGUGGGGUGACCUACCAGAGUUGGAAGGUAGUGAAGAUGAGAGCCCAGACAGCCUUUCAGACGAGGAGUACCUCAGAUAAAGAGACACAGCACUGGAAAUUUUUAGGAGACACUUGGCUCCCAAGAGUCUUCGUUUGAAGCACAUUCUUACAUAGACUUGGAAAAUAUGUAGACAACAAAGAAAAGUAACAAAGAAACCUUCCAGCAUUUUUUGCUCUAUGAAUCUGUCUUAUGAUUGCACCCUCAACAGCAGUUUGGUAGCAUAAAAGUAUGCAUUUGAGUGCAUUUUUAUUACAGCAUCUUCUAUUAGGGUGAGUAUCUCAAGUAUCAUUUUCAUAAUGCAUAAACCACAAGCAUGUGGGGUAAUCUUGUUGCUAAUUGCCUGAGAAAUCUAUGAUCGGUUUAGCUUGUGCAUUUGUGGUGGGGAGAGGAUGUAAGAAAAGAAGCAACAAUGGUACGUUAACAUGGGAAUACAAGUAAGCGCUAUGGCUACAGUAUUCUUGACAGACAGAUGUUAAAUAUUUAUUUAUUUAUUUUAUUUUAUUAUCUGGGGGAUGGACAGCACACUUGAGAUAUAAAAUAUGUGAGGAACAUAUUUGUUUGAAGGAUUGAGAGCAACCUCUUGUGUGUUGCUGUGCUCAUGAAGACUUCCUAUCUCUCUCUUUUUAUCUCUCCCUACCUUUUUGUAUUCCUUUUCUUUUUCUUUAUUAUGAAAGUUGACUUCAAGUUUUCUGUUUUCUGUAAUAACCUAAACAACUUAACGUUUUAUUAUGAUUCGAGUGGGAAACUUGGACACAGGAGGUUGUCAUGAAACAGCCACAUUCUGAACGGUGGACCUGUAAAUUUAAGCAUUAACCAAUAGUACUGUGUGAUUAGCUUUAGCUGGGCGACAGUCUGCAUUUUACUGCAUUUACCAUAUUGAACGGUACAAGGUAUGUUUUACUUUUGAUAUUGGUUCAUUUUUACAAUGUUUGGAAAGUUGAAGUGGCACAGGUCAUUUGUUUAAGUCAUACAUACAGAGUACCGCUGGGGACACAUUACGUUCUGCAGUGAAUGGCUCAGCUUGCUUUUGAAGAAUGCUGAUACUUAAUGUUGCUUCAUUGCAGGUUUUAUAUGUAAUGGUGAUCUAUGUAUAUAAACUGCUUAAUACAAUAAUCUGUACUGUUCAAAACGGUCAAUCUAGAACUUAUAAGGUUUAAUAAUGUUCACUGACAUACAAUUUGAAUGGUUAUUUCCAAAGAUUAGGCUAUUCCUUUGUUUUCUGAGGACACUGUGGCUCUAUUGAGGAUUUCUAAAAGAAAAUGCAGCACAGAAAGUACAUUAUUUGUUACUAUCUUAUGUUGCUGCACAUACAUUCCAGUGUAUGUCAAUACAUUUUUUUAAGGGUUGGGGGUGGGUUUGUCAUGAGGACAAUCGUUAGACUGACAAGAAGAGAACAAUAAGAAGGCACAUAACUGUCAUACAUAAUAGUACACUGUGUAAAAUUGCAUCCAAAGUGCAUUUAGGCAUCACAAUGUUUUUUUUUUUUCUACCCCAUUUUAUUCAUGUAAAAAAAUGGUUUACACUUGCUCUAUAAUUGUUUAUUAUUACGUCUAUUUGCUGUUAACCAUUUCACUGUGUAAUAUCAUACCCUCUCGAAAAUUUUGAAAUUUUAAAUAUUUUGUUUAAAGAUGUUUAGAUAUCACCACAGUAUUUAUAAAAAUUUAAGGAACUUUGAUUUGAUUUUGCUCAGUACAAUGAAAAUAGAACAUAUACUGACCAUUAUUGUCUAUUGGCCUGUGGAGUUGUAGCAAUUUUUCUGGCUUGAAUGAUUUUCAUGAAGAUAUGACCAAAAUGAAAAGAUAGAAAAACUUAUUUUUUAACUUAUUAACAGAAGUUGUUUAUUUGCUGUAAUUUAUCAACAUUUUGAAUGUAUGUAUUUAUUAAUGAACGUGAAACUGUAUUUAUACUUGGAUAACUUCUCUUGCACCAUUGGAAGACUGAAAAAGAGUUUGUAAUUCUUUGAAUUUGCACUGGAAUUGUGUUGUUGGUUUGAACAUUGGGUUUUUUGUAUGCUUGCUGUCUUGGUAUUAAACAUUUUUUAAUGUGAAGAAUUUGUGUUUUAUUGCUUUAGAAAAUGUGUGAAGUCUCAGUCAGGAAUGGCUGCAGCAAGCAAGCUGUUUUCUGGUACUGAGUCAGCUGAACAGCAAUGCUGA